AUGGCUGGAUCUGACGGGCUGGAAGGCUGCUCAGGGUGUGGCAUCGAGGACCAGGCCUGCACAGAGCGCCGGGCCGGGGGGCUCCUGGACUAUAAGAGGAAGAAGAUUGUCAUCCCCUUGAUCCAGGGGUUCACGACGCCGAGGAUCUUGGUGGAGAACCGCAGGCGAGUCAACUACGGGACUAAUAUCGACGACCAGCGCAAAGGUUUAAUCGGAAAUAUCUAUCUGAAUGAUUUUCCCCUGAAAAAGUUCAAAAUCUACAGCCUGGAUAUGAAGAAGAGCUUCUUUCAGAGGUUCCGUGCAGACAAGUGGAACCCUGUCCCUGACGUGCCCAUGUUCCCUGCUUUCUUCUUGGGGCCACUGUUGGUCUCCCUCUCCCGUGACACCUUUGUGAAGCUGGAGUUUGGCUGGGAGAAGGGGGUUGUAUUCAUCAACGGCCAGAACCUUAGAUGCUACUGGAACAUCGGGCCCCAGGAGACCCUUUACCUCCCAGGUGCCUGGUUGGACCAAGGCCUCAACCAGACUGGCCGUGUCCCCCACGUCACUGUCUUCGAGGAGAAGAUGGCGGGUCCGGUGAUACAGUUCACGGAAACACCCUACCUGGGCCGGCACCAGUAUAACCGGAGAAGCGAGUUGGGGGUGAGGGAAGGCCCCUCCCCGAAGAGCUUCCGGGCCCUGUGGCUGCUGCCGUCCGCCUUCGCUGCUGCUCCCGCGGGCGGGAUGGAGGGUCUGGCUGGGACUGUCCCCCCUGGGGGGAGGAAGUCGGUCCGGUGGAGGGACCCCGCCCCCCUGCCACCCCACUCGGAUCGCCUCUGA